UUUGGGAAGUGUGAAUAAAUAAAUAACGUUUAUGGGUUGCGCAGCGCGAAGAGACAUAAGAUGCCUUCAGCCGCGCUGCAAUCAAGGAUCCAAGCUUUCGAGGCUCUCAUCGACCAGCGCCCUUCUCAAACGACGUCGAAACCCUCAUUCGUCGUUUUGAAGGCCAGAUAUCCUCCUUCUACUAACCCCAUUGAAUCACCUAUCUCACCAACCUCAGACUCAUUCCAACCAAUUGCUCCGUUUACACCGCCAAAGUCUUUGAGCAGGUCACCAUCGCCGUCGCCUCCAAAUCUAGGUCGUAGAACUUCAUUGAUUGACCUAAAAGACUGGAUUGUAGAUGAUGGCCCAAACGGAGCACCGUCCGGUGUCUCACAUUACAAUGGCAGACAUCUGAAAGGCUUUCCAGAUCUCAUCAAAGCACCUCCACAGGUAACCCAUAAUCCUGCUGCUGCUCGUUCAGUACCGAUAUCUUCAGCGCCACUCAUUAAUUUGGAGUCCCCUCCCAAGUCACGCCCACCCCUCCCACCACGUAAACCGUCAUAUACAUCAACAGACUCUUCACCUUCAAUUUCCAAUUCUGCUAUCUCUGACAGCAGUGCUACUCUACGACCCUCAGGGCGCUCAGACUCGCUCACCGUGGAGCACACUUACCCUCCGCCUCGUCCGCAUGCUUUUGGUUCUGCUCGCGUAAGCCACGCGCCCGCUUCUUCCAUUUCAUCAUUUCAUUCCGUAUCGCUUUCUUCUGAUGGAAGCGACCUGAAACCCAUGAGCCCAAGAUUGUCCAUGCAGUCAUCCCUCGGGACAAAUGGCGAUAACGAUGGCGUGGACGGGGACAUCGUGAGCAUCGCUGACUCAUAUGAGAACGUGUCUUCCACGAUAAGUCCCACCGCCAAUGUCCCCUUUGAUUGGGGGAAGGCCAUUAGCAAUGGCAAUGGCACACCCAGGCCCGAGCCUCCAAAGCUACCUCAGCGACCAGGCACAAAGCUGCUGUCGCCCUCCGUUUCCAGAUCAGUGUCAACAACAUCUUCAACGCCUACCACUCGCCGACCCCGACCCCCACCUCCACCACCUCCUCCGCCGUCUCUAUCACGUACCAAACUUCCUUCUUCCCGCACAUCACCCGCAUCCACUUCCGCAUCCACUUCCGAUCGCUCUUCCAUCCUGAGUAACGCAACUACCACCUCCCUGACAAGCAUAAGUACCACAAGCAUCAGCACCGCAAGCAUAAGUACCCAAAAUAGUGGGCAGCUGACGCAGAAAGCCUCAUUGCUCCUGCGACCCACGCCAGUCCCGCCUGCCGCACGCACACGUUAUGAAGCCUUAUUUGUUGUGACGGUGGUCAGUCGACGGAAAGCAGAAAAAACUGCCAGGAAAGCCAAGACAAAGUCCUCACCAUUAUCUACAUCAUCAGGAAAGAAGAGCAGGCAAGCUGCUGGCUGGAGAGGUCUUUCAGUUGACCUGAUUACCAACCCGGAGGAUCAUCCUGUACUGUCCUCGAAGGAGGCAGAUAGUGAUAAUGACGACGAUGCAGAUCAUGUCCCAGUUGGACCUGAAGAGAGACUUGGCGGCCGAAUAGUGAGGCUCAUCUGGAGCGCAUCAAAACUUGACCGCGGCAAACUCCGAGACAUAUGGAACGAUUGUGAUCCAUCCUCGACUGGCUUUCUUGACCGUGAAGCAUUCGUCAAGGGGAUGUGGCGAAUCGAUGAAGAGCUCCGAAGGGCCCAGCUAAAUAGACGGACGUCUGCGCUGAGUGCCGCUUCGUCGCAACGCAUUCCCCACCGCCCGAAGAAUGCAAGCAAUUCAAGAUUGUUAUUGCAAUAGUAUGACGUGCUCACUUAUACCCCGGUACUCUCUUCCAUACCCGUGGACCAUGUAAUAAGUUAUCUCACGCGCAACUAUUUAAUAUACUCACGAUAUAAUUGCUUGCGCUUGGGUGGAAACCCCUUGUGAACAAGUUUGUGGAU